AGCUGUCAGAGUAGUGUGAUGUGAUUAUUAAAAUCUAAUCGACAACAUAACCACGUGUUUCAAAUAACUUUUUUUAUUUUAUUUAAUCAUAUUUAAUUGUCAUAAUUACUAUAAUAGUUAAAUUCAAUAAAAAUGGUUAAAGUAAAGAACAAAGAAAAGAAAAAGCAAUUACCACAAGAAACUAAAAAUACAGAGGAAAAUGUGGUUAUACUACCACCAGUCCGAAAUUCUGAUGAUCCAAUGCCGAAACAAGUAAAAUGGAUAAAUAGGCAACGAGUACUGGUUUUUGCUGCGCGUGGCAUUAAUCAUCGGCAUCGACAUCUUAUGGAGGAUAUAAAAAAAAUUAUGCCUCACCAUAAGUCAGAAUCAAAAAUGGAGAGAAGUAAAAACCUAUAUGUGGUCAAUGAAAUUAGUGAGAUGAAGAAUUGCAACAAAUGUAUUUUGUUUGAAGGCAGGAAAAUGAGAGAUUUGUAUUUGUGGAUGUCAAAUAUCCCCAAUGGACCAAGUGUGAAGUUUUUAGUUGAAAACAUUUAUACUAUGGGGGAGCUCAAGAUGACGGGUAAUUGUUUAAGAGGGUCCAGACCGUUAUUGUCUUUUGACCCACAGUUCACAAAAGAUCCACAUUACAACCUAUUAAAAGAAUUACUUACUCAAAUAUUUGGUGUGCCUUACCACCAUCCAAAAAGUCAACCAUUUUUUGACCAUGUGUACACUUUCAUGAUACUUGAUAAUAGAAUAUGGUUUAGAAAUUACCAAAUUUUGUCUGAGGAUGGAGCAUUAGCAGAAAUUGGGCCAAGAUUUGUAUUAAACCCUGUUAAAAUAUUUUCUGGAUCAUUUGGUGGUACAACUCUUUGGGAAAAUCCAAAGUAUGUAAGCCCAGCAAAACUUAGACAAGCAUAUUCUAAAAAGGCUGCUAGCAAGUAUGAGUCGCGAGUGGAGAAAAAAGCAGUAUAUGAGGCAACAAAGCCUGAAACAGGUUAUCCAGAUAUUGAAGGUGCUGAUUUUUUCAAAGGUGAUCCUAUAGAAAAAGCACAUGAAGUCUUGGUUGAAGAGAAAAUAAAAGAAGAAAUUAAUGAUGCAGAACUAAAUGAGCCGAAAGUGAAAAAACCAACAUUCAGUAUAAAAAAAUCAAAGAGCAGACCAGAUAUGGCCAUACGUCGUAAGCAACUGAAAGCCAAAAGUAAGGCUAUCUCUGAUCAAAUAAAAAAGAGAAAACAGUUCAGAAAGAAAUAAAUCAGAUGAUAUAAAGGUAAAACAAAAUUUAAUAAAAAAAUUGUUACUUAUCUUAA